UUAAGUUGAAAAUCUGAAGAGAUGGCAUUUCUUGCACUGCACGUGUGGAUUGGGAUAUUUAUUUACUUUAGCAGUGUAAAAGGAUCUUCCCAGCCUCAAGCAAGGGUGUUCCUAACAUUCAAUGAGCUGCAAGAAACUAAGACCUCUGAGUAUCACAGAAUAUCCCACAGUCCCCUGGAUUACAGGAUAUUGUUAAUGGAUGAAGAUCAGGAUCGGAUCUAUGUGGGCAGCAAAGACCAUAUUCUGUCUUUGAAUAUUAAUAAUAUAAGUCAGGACCCUCUCAGCAUUUUCUGGCCAGCAUCAGCAAACAAGGUUGAAGAGUGCAAAAUGGCUGGCAAAGAUCCUACACAUGGCUGUGGAAAUUUUGUGCGAGUGAUACAGUCAUACAAUCGCACACAUCUGUAUGUCUGUGGCAGCGGCGCCUUCAGCCCCGUGUGUGUCUAUGUCAACAGAGGACGCAGGUCUGAAGAACAAGUCUUCAAGAUCGACUCCAAGUGUGAAUCAGGAAAGGGACGCUGUUCUUUCAACCCUAACGUGAACACCGUGUCUGUUAUGAUCAAUGAAGAGCUUUUUUCAGGCAUGUAUAUUGAUUUCAUGGGGACAGAUGCAGCCAUUUUUCGGAGCCUGACCAGGAGGAAUGCAGUGAGAACUGACCAACACAACUCCAAGUGGUUGAGUGAACCUAUUUUUGUGGAUGCUCAUGUUAUCCCAGAUGGUACUGACCCAAAUGAUGCCAAAAUCUACUUCUUCUUCAAAGAGAGACUCACAGACAACAGCGGCAGCACAAAGCAAAUUCAUUCAAUGAUUGCAAGAAUAUGCCCAAAUGACACAGGUGGACAGCGUAGUCUCGUGAACAAGUGGACAACAUUCUUGAAAGCAAGACUUGUGUGCUCAGUAAUGGAUGAAGAUGGAACAGAAACAUACUUUGAUGAAUUAGAGGAUGUGUUUCUUUUAGAGACAGAUAACCCCAGAACAAUGCUUGUGUAUGGAAUUUUUACAACAUCAAGCUCCAUAUUUAAAGGCUCAGCUGUGUGUGUGUAUCACCUGUCUGACAUCCAAACUGUGUUCAAUGGGCCAUUUGCUCACAAGGAGGGCCCAAACCACCAGCUGAUUCCAUAUCAGGGCAGAAUUCCAUACCCACGACCUGGCACUUGUCCAGGAGGAGCCUUCACACCUAAUAUGCGGACAACCAAAGAGUUUCCAGAUGAUGUUGUGACCUUCAUCAGGAAUCACCCUUUGAUGUUUAAUCCCAUUUACCCAAUACACAAGAGGCCAUUAAUCAUCCGGAUAGGAGCCGACUAUAAGUACACAAAGAUUGCAGUGGAUCGAGUGAAUGCUGCUGAUGGGAGAUACCACGUCUUGUUUCUUGGAACGGAUCAAGGAACAGUACAAAAAGUUGUCGUUUUACCCACCAACUUCUCUGCAAGUGGAGAACUCAUUUUAGAAGAACUGGAGGUUUUUCAGAGUAAUUCUCCUAUAACAACAAUGAAGAUUUCAUCUAAAAAGCAACAGUUGUAUGUGAGCUCAGAUGAAGGGGUCACUCAGGUAUCCUUGCAUCGCUGCCACAUCUAUGGGACCGCCUGCGCUGACUGCUGCCUGGCCCGAGAUCCGUACUGUGCCUGGGAUGGUAACUCCUGCUCCAGAUUUUAUCCCACAGGGAAAAGGAGAAGUCGUAGGCAAGACGUGAGACAUGGAAACCCUCUGACUCAGUGCCGAGGUUUCAACCUGAAAGCAUACAGAAAUGCUGCAGAAAUAGUUCAGUAUGGAAUAAAAAACAACACUACCUUUCUUGAAUGUACACCCAAAUCUCCUCAGGCUUCUAUUAAAUGGCUGCUACAGAAAGACAAUGACAGGAGGAAAGAGGUCAAGCUGAAUGAGAGGAUCAUAGCUACUGAGCAAGGACUUCUCAUUCGCUCUGUCCAAGAUACCGAUCGAGGGCUUUACCACUGCAUCGCAACAGAGAACAACUUCAAGCAAACCUUAGCAAAGAUCAAUUUCAAAGUGUUGGAUUCAGAGACAGUGGCCUUCAUGACUGACAAGUGGUCACCUUGGACGUGGGCCAGCUCAGUGCGAGCAUUGCAGUUCCACCCAAAGGACUUUGUGGGAGCUUUCAGCCACUCAGAAAUGCAGAUGAUUAACCAGUACUGUAAAGACAGUAGACAGCAAGGUCAGCAGAGGGAGGAAUCCCAGAAGAUGAGAGGGGACUACAGCAAACUAAAGGCCCUUAUAAAUAGCAGGAAAAGUAGAAAUAGAAGGAAUCAACUACCUGGAUCUUAA